AUGGCUGAAUUUGCAGUAACAGCUGCCAGUCCUGUUGUCAAAAUGGUGGUGGAGAAGUUGGCCUCUGGGCUAUGGAAGGAGCUGGGACUGGAGAGGAGCGUCUACACCGACAUGGAGAAGUUGCAGAGCAAGUUAUCAAUGAUCCAGAACGUGCUUGAUGAUGCAGAGAAGAAAUCUAUCACCAACAAAGCUCUGCAAGGUUGGUUGAAGAAACUCAAAGAUGCAGCUUUAGAUGCUGACGAUGUGGUGGAUGAGUUCCAAACUGAAGCACUGCGGCGAAGAAUGGAGAGAUAUGACCGCAUGACUGGAAAGGUGCGUGACUUCUUUUCCUCAAACAAUCCAAUCGCAUUUCGAUAUAAAAUUGGUGAUUCGAUCAAAAAUAAAUCUGACUCGGAUAGGCCUGUGGACCGUGAGACCACCUCAUUGGUGAUCGAACCAAAAAUUUAUGGACGAGAUGAAGAUGAAAAACAGGUCAUGGAGUUCUUAGUUGACAGAGAUAAUGACAAAAAUAUCUCUAUCCUUACAAUAGUUGGCCUUGGUGGAAUUGGAAAGACAACCCUUGCUCAAUCAGUCUACAACAAUGAGAGGAUUAAGGAGCAAUUUGAGCUUCGAAUGUGGGUUUGUGUGGGUGAAACUUUUGACGUGAAAAUGUUCUUGCGGUCAAUGAUUGAACAACUUAAAGGGGAGCAGAGCAUUUUCUCAAACUUGCAAACCAUGUCAACUUUUUUGGAUGAAAAAUUGAGAACAAAAAGAUUUCUUUUGGUUUUAGAUGAUUUAUGGAACGAUAAGGAAUCGGAGUGGGAAAAACUAAAACCUUUGUUCAUACAUGCCAAAUUAGGAAGCAAGAUCAUACUAACAACACGCGUUGAAACUGUUGCUUCUGGUGCAUCCACAAUCGGAACCGUCUCAGUACAUCAAUUGCAAGGGUUGCAAGAUGAGGAUUGCUGGUGUCUGUUCAAGCAAAGGGCAUUUAGGUCUGAGAGGGAAGAAGAUAACCGAGAAUUGGAGAAAAUUGGAUGGGAGAUCAUUAAAAAGUGUGGAGGUCUGCCUUUAGCGGCAAAAGCUCUUGGAAGUCUGAUGAACUCUUACACAAAG